AUGAGCCACACACCACUACCCGGCGGGCUUAUCUCUUUCGGCUCCGAUGCCAACUGUACACUCGAAUUAUGUCCCCUCGAGUCGAGUAUACUGCGAUACCAACCGAAUGUUCCCGCCAAUGCCAUUUUCAUCGGAGUAUUCGGAUUGUCCAUGGCUCUCCACAUCUUCCAAGGCAUCAAGAUGAAGACAUGGGGUUUCAUGGCGAGCAUGAUGGCAGGAUGUAUUCUCGAGAUUAUCGGCUACAUUGGGCGACUCAUCAUCCACGAUAAUCCAUUCGACUUUAUUGGCUUUCUAUUGCAGAUCAUCAUGAUCACCAUUGCCCCCGUUUUCUUCUCUGCUGCCAUAUAUGUUCUUCUGUCCCAGGUCAUCAACUUUGUCGACCCAAGUGUCUCUCGAUUCUCCCCCAAGUAUUUCUACUGGAUCUUCAUCCCUUCCGACAUUAUCUCCCUCAUCCUCCAAGCCGUUGGCGGUGCAGUCUCAGUUGUUUCCACAGCGCAGGAAGACGUCAAGACUGGAGAGGACGUCUCCAUCGCUGGUCUCGUCUUCCAAGUCGUCACUCUACUUUGCUUCGUUGCAUUGUUCAUCGACUACGUUAUCAGGGCUUCCAAGUCACCGGCCCGAUAUCGCCUUACUAAGCCCAUCCUCACUUUCCUCUUCUUCCUUUUCCUUUCGACCAUCUUCAUCCUGAUUCGAUGUGGCUACCGCAUUGCCGAGCUCAAUGGAGGAUACUUCAGUGCUAUCUUUCGAGACGAAGGUCUCUACAUCGCUCUUGAAUCUUGCAUGAUGUGCAUUGCUGUUCUCCUCCUGAAUGCUGGCCACCCCGGAUAUGCUUUCAAGGAAACCCCCGAGUUUACCAAGGAAAUGGACCAGAUGGACCAAGACGACAAUACCGUCUUUGGAGAAUAA